AUGCAUCGUUACACUCUCAGCGAAGGUACUACUGACAUGCGGAUACUAGUAUUCUUGGCUAGUUUGUACCUGGCCAACUGCCAGAAAGGAACGCCACUCGAUGAAAAAAUUAAAAGUUUACAAGAAUGGAUGUAUAAAAGGCCGAUAAUCAAUAUGAACGUAGAUCGAUGGAAAACCUAUGUUCGUAGUUCACCACGAAAUUAUUCUAUGGUUGUUAUGUUUACCGCACUCUCGGCUGGUGUCAAUUGCCCUAUUUGCAAGUAA